CUCCAUGCGGCGAUGCACAAGCUCUUCACCAGCUCCGGAGGAGUCUGGCCGAACUGCCCCUCUGCCUGCCGGUCCCCAUUGCCCCUCCGCCUGCCAUCGGCCUGCCACCACGACGCCUCAAGGCCCAAUGGGACAAGGGAAUGGCCUGUCAGUCUGCCUACCUGCCACUACAUCCUCUACCAACCUACAUACCCGAACGGCUUGCUUACGCUGAGCAACGCUUCCAACUGCUCGGAAACGAAAUCGAGAACUCUGACUCUGAACUUGCUUUUUCCCCUCGCCCCAACUUUUUCGUCGCCGGUGACGGUGGUGGCCGGCAGUGUGGUGUGCUUGCCUUCUGUUAGCCUCAGCGCGAAAGAACGACACCCAUUCAUCGAGAGACCGGCGGCACGGAUCCAUAGAGGCGUUGUGGAGAGACAGCGAGAGACAGCGGCAUGCAAGGCUUCGAGCAGAUGCUGCGAAGUGCGGAAUCAUGGGGACACAGGAUGGAGAUGGAGUCGACGUUUCCGCGGAUCAGGGGGCUGGGCUGGGUCUGGAGUACGGUAUGUACUCUACGCGAUGUCGAGUACUCCAACUCUCGACAUCGCAACUCCUCGGUUGGCUGUGCGGAUCCCAUCACGAUUUUGGAUUCUCGCGGCAGCUAACCAAUUGUUUUUACAGUAUACAUAUAGGCUCCAAUCACUAUGGCUGUCUCCAAGAAGCCCCUUGAAGGCCAGCAUCCAUCCAGCAACCUCUCGGCCACCACCGACAGCCAGCUUUUCAUUUUCAUCCCCCAUCAUCUACCAUCCAUCAUCGAAAGAACCUUUUUCUACAUACGCUCCAACGGCUACAUUGGUCAUCCCUAUCCCUGACGGCAGCUCGCUGCUGCACUCCAACUCUUAAACCCCCGCCUCGCUGGCAUCUCUACCACUAGUUAGUUAGAGUAGCACGCGCAUGACCUGAACCUGCAACCGGCGGGUCACAGUCGACUCUCGAGCGUGUGGCAUCCUGCAAAGAAAGAAAGGAAGAAAGAAAAAAAGUUGCUGCUGUCGCCAGAAAAUUCUACUACAUAUGGCUUGGCUUGGCUGGCUGGCCUCUGCGGAUUUUGCGAGCCACGUGCGCCGUGCGGGCUAACUAAGUGCUAAGUUUACACGCGGCCGGCGGGUGUUGACCGUUGUCGGCGAUGCCCAAGGGCAGGAAUAAAGAAGAAGGAUG